AUGUAUCCUUCACCCUCGUCCCGGAGCCACCGCGUCCUUCUCGGGGCGGUGGUGAUCCUCGCGGUUUCGCUACGACAAGCCACGGCCAGUGCUUCCUUGUCUGGAUACCGGGAACCGUGCACGAACGAAGGCGAGGAGGUCAGGAUCAGCAUGCCGUGCUUCAAGUGCAUCUGCAAGAAUGGUUUCGUGGAGUGCGAACAGGAAAGCUGCCCAGCGGUAGAUGAUUGCUACUUUUACAAAAAGAAGGGCCCCGACGAGUGCUGCGACAAGUGCAUCGGAUGUUUACACCAAGGCCGGCACAUCGACAGUGGCACCGAGUGGACCGAUCCGGAAGAUCCCUGCAUGCACUACAAAUGCCUUUCCGGCGUCGUAACGCGCUCUGAGAUGAAAUGCUACGCCCCGUGCUCAGAUCCGAGCCCACCACGUAAGGGCCAGUGUUGCCCAACCUGUUUAGGUUGUCGGUUAAACGGCCAGAAGGUGUUCGGAGAGGCGACCCUCAGCGAGGACCCGUGCGUGAAGUGUACGUGCGCUGGUCACAAACUGACGUGCAUGAAACGCUCCUGUCCGGUGUUGCAGUGUCCUUUGUCCAAGCAGGUCCGAUCGGCGGGUGAAUGCUGUCCACGGUGUGCUGAACGUCGGGAAGAAAUCCACCGUGGGUCACCGAUGUGCAUCAUCGGCAAGGCGGUGCAUUUCCCUGGAAAACCGUACCAUGGUGACCAGUGCUCGAACUGCACCUGCCAGAACGGUACGUCCGUGUGUGAGAAGAGCACAUGUCCGAUUCUGGAGUGUGCCCUGGAGGAUCAACAACGUGAACCUGGCGAGUGUUGUCCAUCCUGCCCGAUGCCGGCCGAGUACCGGAGCACGUGUACAGCCGCUGGGAAGGUGUACCAGAACAACGAAACGUGGAGCUUGAACGCGUGCACCUCUUGCGAGUGCCGAGCGGGUGAGGUUCGGUGUGCUAACAUCCAAUGUCCGAAGAAACGUUGCGGCUCGAACGAGGCUCUACAAACGCCUGCCGGUGAAUGCUGCCCACGAUGCGUCGAAAGCCCAGGCGUUUGCACCGUGUUUGGAGAUCCACACUACAAAACGUUCGACGGAAAUUUCUACAGCUUCCAGGGCUCAUGCAAGUACCAGCUAACGGCGGACUGCUCGGGCCACACGUUCUCGAUCCGUGUCACCAACGACGCGCGCCUUACGAAGUACUCCUCCUGGACGAAAACGGUCACACUAAAGCUCGAAGGUGUAAAGGUGAAUCUGGGCGCACGAAUGCGAGUGAAGGUGAACGGAACGCGAGUGGAUCUGCCGUACCGGAUGAGUGACCGAUCGGUGCACAUUUUCCGCAGUGACGACGACACGGAGGUGAUCGUCGAGACGGGACUGGGUGUGAAGUUGUCCUGGGAUGGGCUGAACUUUAUCCAGGUGCAAGUGCCGACCGCAUACAAAGGCAAGCUGUGUGGACUGUGCGGUAAUUACAACAACGUGUUCCGGGACGAUUUGGUAACGCGAGCCGGUCUCAACAUGACGCACAACGUGUGGCGAUUCGCACGAUCCUGGGCCGUUGGUGGUCCGAAGGCGUGUACGCGUCAGCGUAAGAAGGAGCUGGCCGCACGACACCCGCAAUGCAAGACGAAGAAGUUCUUCCCACUGUGUAAAGCGCUCCGAACGGCGGAGGUGUUUGGUCGUUGCAACUCGCUGCUCAACCCGGACAACUACUUCCAGUCGUGCAAGUUUGACAUGUGCGAGUGUCCCCACCGGCAGUGCUACUGUGACAGCAUGGCGGCGUAUGCGCACGAAUGCCUACGCCAGGGUGUGUUGUUACCGGACUGGCGUACACUAACUGGUUGCGGCCGGAACGCGACCGGGUUACUUCUGCCACCCGAACGGGCUGGCCACCUGCGGAGCACAACCGGAUCACGGCAGCCCGAACCGAGCCAGCAGCAGCAGCAGAAGCAAGUGCAACACGACAAAAAGCAUCACAAGCUGUUGCACCAUCCACUGUACCAGAAGCAGCAACAGCAACUUCAGCAACUGCAGCAGCAACCUAACAGCAUCCCGUCACGGCCGGCCGUCGGCAAUCGCAGGACACCACCGCCAUUGCAGCGUUAA